GGUUCAUAAGUCCAUCCAAAAACCCUUCGUCCAUCGGACCCUUCCAGGCGGCUGGUGAGGUGGACGUGACGGCAGCUCUCUGCAGAGUAAGGAAGGAGAAGUUUUACUGACUUGCUGACUUAACCUUGAACGGUCGGAUCACCUCCACUGAAGCCAUGUGGAGCCGAUACAGCUUCUACCCCAGAACCAACAACACCCUCGACCCUACUUCAGCUCCAGAGUUGUCCAAUACCACACACAAGCACUUCAGUGUGUUUGAUGGCUGUGAGACCAUGGAGGCGGGCAUCAUCUUUGAUCUGGUUUUCCAGUCCUUUAAUAUAAUAAUCGGAUUUCCGGCCAACGUCCUGGUCUUAGCCAUCCUUAUCCGCAACCGGAACGAGCCCACCACUUCCGACAUCUUCCUGGGCUGCUUGGCAUUCAUGGAUGCCUACUUUGGGCUCAUGGUUCCCGUAAGCUUCCUCAACCUCUACUACUGGCAGAGCAAACAAGGCUGGAUGGCGCUGAAGUUUUCCUACGGUGUGAAGGACACCAGUGGACCGCUGUUCCUCUCGUGCAUCUGCCUGGACCGCUUUGUGGCCGUGCUCUUUCCCAUAGCCUUUGGACAACUCAAGGACAACAAGUACAGGAUCGGUCUGUCCAUUUUUGUCCUUUGUCUCACUUUCGCUUAUGCCGCGGCGAAAACCGUCGGAGGCCUCCCGAACUUCGAGAAGGUUUUCACGGGUGAGAUCCUGGCCAUCUUUGCCUGGAUGGUGGUGUGCAACCUGGCCAUUCUUUCGGCACUAAAGCGCUCGCGGGGAGCAGGGAAAGACGAGAUGCAUCCCAUGAAGAAAAAGGCCUUCAAGAUGGUGCUGUCUCUUCUGGCUAUUAUCGUCUGCAACUACUUACCUCUGGUGGCUCUGUUCCCCUUCCAGGAUCACUACACUCCACUGGACUUCACCUGCUACGUUCAGCCCGUGGGUUACGCCUUCCUGAACAUCAGCAGCACCAUCCAGCCCCUCGUCUACCUGUCACGCCUGGAGAAGCUGCCUUUCCUCCCUGAGUCUGUGCAGAAGGUUAUCUGCUGCAAAUUUAAAAAAGAGAACUCUGCAGCUUAAAGGAUUGAGCGAGGGUUCCCCACAGGACUGAGGGUGUGGUUUCAGAAGAUGAGUAGUUGAAAAGAUAAAGAUUAAUGGGAGAUCUCUAGUACAGUGGAUCUCUAGAAUAUGGGAUGAUAUUUUAUAUUUAUUUUAUUGGGUACGUUUCAUAUCAAUAGUUUAUAGCAGGGUCAGAUGUGGGACAGAUGUGGCAUGCAAGCAUGAAACAUCUGCGCCGUGAGGUUGUUUGAACUAUAAUGAACAAUUAUGAAAAAAUUAAUAAAUAAAUAAAUAAAAUGCUUCUCUGGCGAGCUUUUGUUUAUAUCCCUCCCCUGUCUCUCUCUGUCGCGCUUGCCGUGACUUUAGUUUCCGCCCUUUCUUGUUUUUCCGCCUGUUCUUAAGCUGCGUUUCUCCUCUGCUGUGUCCCAAUUCACUAGCCAAGGGAGUGGUAGUAUAUUGGGCCGCGACCCUGAAGACACGGGUUUGAUCCAUCAUAAGGAGCGGUGUGCUGCUUUGAAUUCAACUGUUCUGCAAUUGGGUUCAACAACCCUCUGGGCUGGAGAGCUACUAGUCUGUAGCACUACAUCCCAUUGCACUUCAUUUUGCAAAACAGUGAACUGCCAUUACAAUGUUUGGAAUAAAAAAGAUUGCUAAAAUACAAGCUGCCAUCUUGUUUGCAGUUGCACAGUAGAUAAAAAAUUAGAGCCAUAGCAUGUGCAGUAGAGAUGGGAGGCAAGGCCAUGUAACUGCAUAAACCCUGCCCGUAUUUCUUAUGCUUCUUUCAAAUCGUGUCUUGAGAUACGAUCUCUUCUCUGAUCUUAAUUGAUAAUAGUAAAACAUAUCAGACUCACUCUAGUGGAUGAAUUGCCAUGGUAAUCAGGUACCAAGAGUUUUUAGUUAACUGGGAAAAUCACCAGUGAGCUGGAAUUUACUAAAGGAAACUCUGAAGCUCGGCUCACUGGGAUAACUUAAUCAUUUUAAACUUUUUAGUUUCUAAUUACCAGUGAUGGUAUAGUUACUUUGAAAAAGUAAUCCGAUUACUGAUUACUGAUUACUCCUUUAAAAAGUAACUUAGUUACUUUAUGGAUUACUUGAUUUUAAAAGUAACUAAGUUACUUUACAAGUUACUUUAUUAGUGACUUUCAGCAGCUGCAGACACCACCUCCUGCCGCCUUAACAUAAACAUUAUAACCAGUUUUGCCAAUACUCCCUUUAUUGGAAAAUGCAUUUUUAACAGCAACAAUUUAUCUCUAUUAAGUUGAACUAUUUCCUAAAAAAAUAAGUUUUUUUUAAUAAAAAUAAAAAAUUAACUUUACAUAAAUAUUUUUUUUAUAAAAAAUAAAAUAUGGUCUUUCUUGAUUUUACUAAACAUAAAUACUUGUUUUUAUAAAAAAUAUAUAAAAUAAAGAAAGUCUUUCUUGACCUGACAUAUUUAACACUGUAAAACUGAACAUUGAACUUGUUGUUCUCUGCAGGGCAGCAAGGAGUGGUUUUAUAAAACAGAACCGUGUAUAUGGUCUAGACCAAGGAUCACAUAUUUGCAGACUGCGGUCUGGGUCCGGACCUACUGAGAAGGAUUUAAUUCUGACAGUGUUCAUUUGAAGCACCGGAACUUUUCUUCCCUUUAUAAAGAGAUAGUGAGCGGAAAACGGGCGGAAAACGAAAACGGGCGGAAACUAAAGACACGCCGAGCGCGCGAGAGAGAGACAGGGGAGAAAGCGAGACGCGUGUGAUUGGGGAAGAGCGGAGGGGGAAUGGGUAAGGGAGCGGUGUGUGUGUGUGUGUGUGUGUGGAGAGAGAG